GCGCUUCCCACAUCUCCAGACAGUCCGGCUUGACGCGCCGAGUCUGACUUUACGCACAAGAGAGGGCUCAGACUUUGCGGUGAAGGCUUAAAGUCACACCACUUUUAUUGGUUUAAGCGCAUUUGGAGCGGCCACAAGGAAACUUAUUUCGUGUUGCAAAACACGUCUUUCUCGCUUCCCAACUAACAGAACAGGCGAAUGAGUCUAGCCUCUGUUUUUUUUGUGCGUAAUAUGAGUGUUUGUUUUUUUUUAGUUCAAAAAUGACAUUUUGAUAUUUGUGGUUAAUUUCCUCGGCAACCAAGGAAGAUCGACAACUUCCACGUCCAAUAAUUGGAGGACAGACAGGGACACAAAGUCAGACACAGCUCCAAAAGACUGCCGAGUGUCUCCCAUCCGAGUGUCCCGCUGAGCUGAGGCCGGCGGUGCUGACAUGCUGCCCAAAGUCGAGACGGACUCGCUGGUACUCUCUCGAUCGUAUGGGGAACAGGGACACAUGCCAAGGAACUUGCACGCCCCUCAAAUCAAAAUGAUGGACUACUCCUAUGACGAAGACCUGGACGAGAUGUGUCCCGUGUGUGGAGACAAGGUGUCAGGAUAUCACUACGGACUCCUCACCUGUGAGAGCUGCAAGGGCUUCUUCAAGCGCACGGUCCAGAACAACAAGCGCUACACAUGUAUAGAGAACCAGAGUUGCCAGAUUGACAAGACCCAGAGGAAGCGCUGCCCAUACUGCCGCUUUCAAAAGUGCCUCACUGUCGGCAUGAAGCUGGAAGCUGUGCGAGCAGAUCGCAUGCGAGGAGGACGCAACAAGUUUGGCCCAAUGUACAAACGUGACCGGGCCCUAAAGCAACAGAAGAAGGCGCUGAUUCGAGCUAACGGACUGAAAAUCGAGGCCAUGACCCAGGUGAUGCAGGCUGUGCCCACCGACCUCACCAUCUCAUCAGCCAUUCAGAACAUCCACUCAGCUGCCUCCAAGGGCCUUCCACUCAGCCACCACGCUGGCCACCACACCAGUCACCACCAUCACCAUCACCAUCACCAUCAUGCCACUGCCCUACCCCCCACAGACUAUGACCGCAGCCCGUUCGUUACUUCGCCUGUCAGCAUGGCAAUGCCGCCGCAUGCAGGCAGCUUGCAGGGCUAUCAAACGGCCUACGGACACUUCCAAGGCACACGCACCAUUAAGUCCGAGUACCCAGACCCGUACACCAGCUCCCCAGAGUCCAUCAUGGGCUACGCCUACGCCGAUGCCUACCAGUCAGGCUCGCCACCCAGUUUCCCCCACCUGAUCGUAGAGCUGCUCAAGUGCGAACCGGACGAGCCACAGAUCCAAGCAAAGAUCCUAGCCUACCUCCAGCAGGAGCAGGCCAGCCGAGGCAAGCACGAGAAACUCAACACCUUUGGACUCAUGUGCAAGAUGGCUGACCAGACACUCUUCUCCAUCGUGGAAUGGGCUCGCAGCAGCAUCUUCUUCCGUGAACUCAAGGUCGACGACCAGAUGAAACUUCUACAGAACUGCUGGAGCGAACUCCUCAUCCUCGACCAUAUCUUUAGGCAGGUGGUACAUCCCAAGGAGGGCUCCAUUUUAUUGGUCACUGGCCAACAGGUAGACUUUGCAGUGAUCGCAUCACAGGCGGGGGCCACCCUCAACAAUCUGUUGAGCCACGCCCAGGAGCUGGUGGCCAAACUACGAUCUCUGCAAAUGGACCAACGGGAGUUUGUCUGCCUCAAGUUCCUGGUCCUCUUCAGCCUUGAUGUGAAGAACCUGGAGAACUUCCACCUGGUGGAGAGCGUCCAGGAGCAGGUGAACGCGGCACUGUUGGACUACGUCAUGUGUAACUACCCGCAGCAAACGGACAAGUUCGGUCAGCUGCUCCUGCGGCUGCCGGAGAUUCGAGCCAUCAGCCUGCAGGCCGAAGAAUACCUUUACUACAAACACCUGAACGGCGACGUGCCCUGCAACAACCUGCUCAUCGAAAUGCUCCACGCCAAGAGAGCUUAGGGGGGGACUGCGUUACCCACAAUGCAGUCGAGAAACACCUGCGUGCAAAGGAUGGCCAGCAGAGUGAAACUGACUGAUUGUGUCAGCAGGAAAGGGAAAAAAAGAGGAACACUUGAACCAAACAAAGACGAUCAAUGUUGACGAUAAAGAAAGGAUGUAUAGUUGUAUGCUGACUCGUGUUUAGACUUUUACUUUUACCAUCGCUUGGUACUGUACAGACAAACGGACAUGUGGUCAACCAGAGAUGACUUUUUAGCUGCCAUCACUGAACUCACACGCACGGCAGCGGCAGCUUGACUUGACCAAAAACAGGAGAACUGACUGACAAAAAAGAAACAAAAAACUAAAAGAAAGAAAGAAAGGUCUACA